AUGGGAUUUUACCCGGAAAAAACCCCAAUGUGGGAAAAAAUAGGGAAAAAACCCGGGGAAAAUUCCCGAAUGGGAAAAUAUUCGGGUUUUUUCAUAUUUAGCAUAUGUAACAUCUAGGUAAUGUGUAGAUACAUGUAUAUGUCAAAUGAUACAUACUAUUUAAGUACUAUUAGUACUAGUUAGAGCUAAUCUAACUUUGUUUACUUUCAUAAUUCAAUAAAUACUUUAUAUACAUGUACUCCAUGCUAUCUAAUUAAAUUAAAUGAAAUUAAAUAAAAAACCUUUCUGUUUGUGUGUAGCGACAAGUAACCCGAAACUACGUAUGCGGGUAGGGGGGCGGGGUAGCAGGUAAUAGCAGUGGCGUACGCGUAUCUGUCUAUCUCACACGUUGUUUUGGCUUCGUACUGUUCGCACUUGCUUUAAUUUGUUGGUUUAAUUGACGACUUGGAUUUUGUUUUGUGGACUUUUGAUUUCCUAGUGAUUAAAUACGUUUUUUCCUUUGUAUUGACAACUACUGCUACUCUUACGGACUUCGAUACCUACUUCUUUUUAUGAACGGUAAUUUACCGAUCACAUCAUGCCCAGAAAGAAAAAUACUGAUGUAUGGGAAAACUAUUUUCAUUCGGCAACCAGUAAAACAGUAAAAUGCAAACACUGUGAUAAAGUUUACCAAUUCGGCAAUGUUAGCAAGAUGACCAGCCAUCUGUUGAAAUGUUAUAGAUGUCCAACUGUUAUCAAAAACAAACUACAGAAAAUACCUGUUACUAGCACAACUGCCACAAAUCUGCCCUUGCAAGAGGAAUCACAUCAUGAAUUGUCACAGGAUAAAAGUUUGACGGAUACAAUUUCUAUUAUUACGACUUCAUCAGAAAUUUCAACAGAAAGAAAACUUUAUCUAGAUCAGCUCUUAUCGAAGGCAAUAUUUGUUAGCGGUUCUCCUUUAUCCAUCGUUGAACAUCCGCUGUGGGUACGAUUUUUUGACGAUUUGCAACCACUUUAUAAGUUACCAUCUAGAAAAGCUAUCUCCACAACACAUUUGGAAACUAUUUAUAAUGAAAUGGUCAAUGAAAUUACAGACGAACUGAAGUCUAUAAAUGAUUUGCAUUUGCAAUGUGAUGGCUGGAGUAAUCAGCGCAAUGAAGGCAUCAUCAACUUCAUUAUUGCAAACCCGAGCCUGUUUUUAUUAAAAGCCUUAAUACUCUUACAAACCGACAUACAAGCCAAUAUGUAUCUCAAGAAAUAAUCAAAGUUAUAAAAGUGUAUGGAGGCCACAAAUUUGUAACUCUUAUCGGAGAUAACGCAAAUAAUAUUCAAAGAGCAUUUCAGAUAGUUAAAAAUUCAUAUGCACAUAUAAUACCGCUGAGAUGUGUAGCGCAUACAUUGAAUUUGCUUUGCGAAGAUUGCUUAAAACUAGAGCCUAUUAAUGCGUUCAUAUCGAUUGCCACAGAUACGAUAAAAGCAAUAAAAAGAAACCAAAGUAUGAGCGCUUUAUUAGCUCAGAUUGUAAAAGAAAAAGGUUCAGGUGAAACAUUAAAAUUGCCAGGGAAAACCCGCUGGGGCAGUUACUGCACUGCGUUAAAAAGUUUAAAAAAAUCCAAAGUUGCAUUACAGACUUUAGCUGUUCACGAAGAUGCCACUAUUUUAGACGAAAUAAAAUCAAAUUUAUUGGAUUUAAAUUUUUGGACCAUGGUAGAAAAUUGUAUAAAGCUACUGGAACCUAUAACAGACAAAAUUUUCAAACUGGAAGGCAAUGAAAUACUUAUAAAUGAAGUUUACAUGGCUUUCAAAGAUAUUAAGUCUACAUUAAAUUUUGCAUUUCCAGAUAUAUCUGUUCUAAAUGAGCAUCAUAAACAACAUAUUACAAAUGCUGUAAUUAGGCGAGCAGAUAACUGUUUGAAACCCAUUCAUUAUGCUGCAUAUUUAUUAGAUCCAAGAUCGCAAGGCAUUGAAUUAGAAGAAGAACACGAGGUGGAUGCAAUGGAAUUUAUACACGACGUGAGCCAAUCGCUCAAUAUUGACGUUGGUGUAGAUUUAGCCAAUUAUAGAGCUAAACAGGGUUUAUGGAGCAAACCAUUUAUAUGGAAGAAUGUCGCUGAAAUUGACCCGGUAGUUUGGUGGAGAGGACUCUGCAAGUCCAAAUUGCUUAGUAGGGUUGCAGUACGUAUUCUUACUGCUCCCUGUACUUCAGCAGCCACUGAACGAUCUUUUAGCACGCAUGCGCAUAUACAUAGUCAUAAACGAAAUAGAUUGACUACAGACAGGGCAGCAAAAAUAGCUUUUAUAUCGUAUAAUUGGAACCUGUUACACAAACAUAAAAAUGAUGACAAUGACGAUGAUGACGAGACGUUAUCUACGCCCAGGCAAUUAUCAAGUCCGUUGGGUAGCCCAAUAAAUGAAGAACAACCUUCAACAUCUCGUGGAUAUACACAAGAAAUAGAAUUUUGUAAUAUUAAUAAUAUAUUUAAUGACUAUGACAGUAGCGACAGUGACUAAAAAUUUUCAAUUGUAAAAAACUUUACAAAAGUGUUGUAACUUUUAUAAAGUGUAAUAAAUAAUUGUUAGUAAGUA